CGUUUACGGUUUUUUAGGACGCCACUGCCAGCUGAUAAUGUCGCUUGACUGAGAAAAAGUGAUAAAUUUAAUUUUAAUUGUAUUAAACAUAGUGAUUUAUUCAUUUUAGUGUUAUUAAAAUUAGUUACAUAAUUGUAUGAAAUGAACUUUUCGGAAAAUGAGGCUGAUGAUACUUCAAGUGUGGAUAGUACUUCAAACACUGACAAUACAUCGCGUAGUGAAACUCCAACAAAUACACGAGUAAAGAAAAGGAGACGUGGAAAGAAGAAAGUCACAAAACAAGUGAAACCCCCAUACAAAUUCAAUUGUAGUGCAAAAGAGGACCACGGGCAGCCUCUAUUUGGGUGUCAAUUCAACCACCACCUGGGGGAAGGGGAGCCGCAGAUAUUUGCUGUGGUGGGGAGCAACCGCGUCUCCAUAUAUGAGUGCCCUGAAGCUGGCGGCUUCAAGUUCUUACAGUGCUAUGCUGAUCCUGAUGUAGACGAAACAUUUUACACAUGCGCAUGGUCAUAUGAAGAGGAAACACACUUGCCUCUCCUAGCAGUCGCCGGUUCCCGCGGCAUCGUGCGGGUGUUCCAGCCCUCGACCCAGACCUGCAUCAAACACUACAUAGGCCACGGACACGCUAUCAACGAGGUCAAGUUCCACCCGCGGGACCCUAACUUGCUACUGUCCGCUAGUAAGGACCAUGCCUUACGUCUCUGGAAUAUCAUGACUGAUGUAUGCAUAGCCAUAUUUGGAGGAGUAGAAGGCCACAGAGAUGAAGUACUUAGCGCAGAUUUCGACUUGAAAGGCGAAAGGAUAAUGUCCUGUGGGAUGGACCAUUCGCUCAAACUGUGGAGGCUGGACAAACCGUCAAUGAACGAGGCUAUCAAACAAAGUUAUAACUUCAACCCGCACAGAGCUCUGAGGCCUUUCAACUCACUGAAGGAACACUUCCCGGAUUUCUCCACGAGGGAUAUACAUAGGAAUUAUGUGGAUUGCGUGAGGUGGAUGGGGGAUUUGAUACUGUCGAAGUCGUGUGAGAACGCAAUAAUCUGCUGGAAGCCGGGACGGCUGGAGGAGGCGGAGCUGCGGCCGGGCGACAACGCGGUCACCAUCGUGCACCGCUUCGACUACAAGGAGUGCGAGAUUUGGUUCAUACGAUUCGCUGUGGACUAUAGCCAAAGAGUCAUAGCAUUAGGAAAUCAAUGCGGCAAGACCAUGGUAUGGGAGCUGGGCAACGUCGCGGGAGGAUCCAGGGUGUCGCAGCUAGUGCAUCCGCGAUGCGUAGCCGCUGUGAGACAGGUAACACUGUCCCGUAACGGUAAAGUGCUGUUGACGUGCUGCGACGACGGCACGAUCUGGCGCUGGGACCGCGUCAACAACGGCAACACCUAGCCGUAGUGACAUUCGAGCUUAGUGGAACCUACUAUUUGUACAAUGGGUCUGACCCAUCAAUUUUAGUUAGAAGUAUCAAAAUGAUCUAGGAGAAAGAAGAAAACCGUUUUCAUUUUUUAAAUAUCUUACAAUUAUUGAGAAACGUAAAUUCUGUUGUAAGUUGUUACAUAAUCUUUAAACAAAAUUAAUGUCACAAGUCUAAACAUAUUAAUGUCUUUUUCAUAAUGUUCCCGGCGGAAAAGGAUAGCAUUAGGUUUGGCCUGUCAGUUUAGUUUACUUCUGAUAUUUAAUUAAUUAGACCUAUGUGUAAUACUUAGUAACGUUAUUAUUUUGUAAAAAAUGAACAAUUUUUUGACAGUUAACAACGUCGCUUAAUAAAGACAAAGAUUGAUUAUUAUUUAUCAAUUUCGGCCGUUAGAGAUAUAAGUACUGCAGAAUUAGCUCCAAUAACCUGUUAAAAGCAAUUUUCUUUUAAACGGUCUAUUUAUUUCUAAAGACCUUAAACUGAUUUAGCUUAUUAUAAUUUAGGUACAAUGCUAUGUUAAAAUUUAUAAGGAUCACAAUAAUAAGACUGCCUUUAGUCAAAUUA